AUGCUUUCCAAUUUAAUGAGCUCCAGCCUUGGGGCUUUUGUCCUUGCUUCUCUCGCCCACGCCAACCCCAUUCGUUCGGUUGAGCAAAGGCAGACAGGUUGCGGUACCAAUGGUAUUGGUAACAGAGAAUGCUGGACUGGAGACUUCAAUAUCGAAUCCGAUUUCGAGACCUUGACACCGCCUCAGGGAAAGCUGAGGACAUUCGACUUCACCCUGAGCAACUUGACCGAUGUCGCACCAGACGGCGUUCACAAGCCGGCCAUGUUGAUCAACAAUCAGUUUCCGGGUCCGACAAUCGAAGCGGACUGGGGAGAUACCAUUCAGAUCAACGUUCACAACCAACUCCAGAACAACGGCACCUCAUUCCAUUGGCACGGCAUGCAUUUGCGCGGCCACAAUGAUCAAGACGGCACCAACGGUGUCACGGAAUGCCCCAUCCCUCCUGGACAAAGCAAGACGUACUCCUUCCAAUUGACUCAGUACGGUACAUCUUGGUAUCACAGCCACUUUUCCGCCCAGUACGGCAACGGCGUUGCUGGCGCCAUCCAGAUUAACGGCCCGGCGUCUGCUGACUACGAUAUUGAUCUCGGCCCAUUUGUUAUCAGUGAUUGGUACUAUGGAACGGCAGACAACCUCCUACGUCAAGCCGAGCUUGCGCCAGCUCCUCCACCGCCUAGCGACAACAUUCUCUUCAACGGCAAAAACAUCAACCCGCUCGGCGCUGGCGGUCAGUACCAGAAGACGAGGCUGACCCCGGGCAAGAAGCACCGUCUUAGGCUCAUCAAUACUUCCGUUGACAAUACGUUUACUGUCUCCCUUGUGGGCCACAACUUCACCGUCAUUGCCACCGAUCUUGUUCCCGUCAAGCCUGUCGCCAAGGACAGCCUCUUCAUGGCCGUCGGCCAACGCUACGAUGUGAUCAUCGAAGCCAACAAGGAAAUUGAGAACUACUGGUUCAACGCGACCGUCGGUGGUGGUGGUUUUUGCGGCGCAUCGAAUAAUCCUUAUCCUGCUUCUAUCUUCUUCUACGAUGGAUCCCCAGACAGACUGCCCGUCAACCAAGGCACACCUCCUGCCAACCUGGGUUGCGCCGAUACCACCGGAUUUACCCCUGUGCUCUCUAGGACGGCUCCCUCGGACAAGUUUGAUCCGAGCAAAACGCUGGAUAUUUCUCUGGCGACACCGACGAUCAACGGCGCAGCGGUCUAUCGCUGGAAGGUCAAUGGCAAUGACAUUGACAUCCAGUGGGACAAGCCAACUCUAGAGUACGUCGCCAAAGGCAACAACUCCUGGCCGGUACGUGCCAACAUCAUUGAGAUCCCUGAGGCCAGCGAAUGGACAUGGUGGGUGAUUGAGAACACGGGCACUCUGCCGCAUCCCAUCCACCUCCAUGGUCACGACUUCUUGAUUCUCGGCACUGGCAGCGGCACUUUCAGCGGUUCAGAAGGUCUCACCUUCGAGAAUCCAACUCGCAGAGACGUCGCACAACUCCCCGGCUCUGGGUGGAUGGUGAUCGCAUUCAAGACGGACAACCCGGGCGCCUGGCUCAUGCAUUGCCACAUCGCCUGGCAUGUGAGCAUGGGUCUCAGUGUUCAGUUCCUUGAGCGCAAGAGCGAAAUCGCUUCGACGCUCGAUCUGGCAUCAAUCACCCCAAAUUGCGAUGCUUGGAGAAAGUACGAGCCGACGGCGGUAUGGCCCAAGCAUGAUUCCGGAUUGUAA